AGAAUCUCUCUCUCUCUCUCAUAUUUCUCUCUUUCUUUCUCUUAUCUAUUGGGUGGUGGCUUGUUGUUUGCUCUAAUCAUUCAAGCUUCUUCUGGCAUUCCAUGUGCAUCAAUCACCAGCCCCCCACUUCCUUUUAAUUCCCUCUCUUACUUACUCUUCUCCUUCUUUUAUAUAUAUAUAUAUAUAUAUAUAAACCCCUCCCUCUUCCUCUGUCUCUCUCUGAGAAAUUAAACCCCAAACACAGUUUCUUCUUGUAAAACCUCUUAACAAGAAAAUAUGAGCGCCACAGGGAGCCCUGCUCCUCCUUGCAGCAGAUCCUGGUCGAUAAGUGAGGAUUCGUUGAGGAGGUACGUGCAUUUUGCCAGUGAGAGCUGCAUACAAGAGCUGUUGUCGGCUUCUGCGUCGGAUUCCGACAGAGGAAUUGGAGGCGGCGGCGACGGGUGGAAGGUUCAGGGAGUUGAGAACGGCGUAGAGAUAUCGAAGCGGCGGUCGGGGUCCCUUCAUACCUUCCGCAGCCGGUGGCUCCUCCGAUCUCUCUCACCUCAGCAAUUCAUCACGGUCGCUAACGCCAUUGAUGCUGCUAAGCAAUGGGACUCAGAUCUGGUAGAAGCAAGAUACAUAAAAGACCUGGAAGACAAUCUGAGCAUAAUCCGUUUGAGAUUUGGAGAUAACUCAAAGCCUCUCUUUCGCAAUAGAGAAUUCAUUGUGUAUGAGCGUCGUGAAACCAUGGAAGAUGGCACCUUGGUAGUGGCAGUGGCAUCACUACCAAAGGAGAUAGCAGCAGGGCUGCAUCCAAAGCAAAGCAAUGCAAUUAGAGGAUUACUAUUGCAGUCAGGAUGGGUUGUGGAGAAGCUUGAAGAUGAUUCUUGUGUUGUCACUUAUGUUGUUCAGUUGGAUCCAGCAGGAUGGCUGCCCAAGUGCUUUGUGAAUCGACUCAACACAAAACUGGUUAUGAUCAUUGAAAACCUUAGGAAAUUAGCCCAAGCUUCUCCAACUCAUCAUGCCCAAAUAUGAUAAAUAUUUCUUUGUAUAAAGUUAAAUCAAUAUCAAUAUUAAUAUAAAAUAUAAAAAUUAUAAGAUGUUUGUACUAUCCAUGGGUUAUGAAUAGUGCAUUUUCUUUC